AUAUAGUUAUUAUACUUUUGAUCAUACUGCUUUUUAGAUGGAUGCCAAGUCUUUUUAGGAUGGGUGGAAUGUUUGAUCUCUGACCCCUUUCGAUGGCUGGCUUCCAUGACUGAUAUAAUUGGGUAAACUGGCAGUGGGAUCACACAGACCAAAACAAAAACUGACAUUUUCAAAGGAGAAUGACUGGCUGUAGCAUUGUUCUUAAAUAUCAUAUUAUGAUAUCAAACAUAUCAUGCUAUUUUCAUGCUUUAGUACAGUCAAAAAAUUACAUACAGCACCUUUAAUAAAAACCCAUUCUUUGUCAAUACGUGUAUUUGACUUUGUGCGGCUCUGCGCAGACUGAAUGGAGUGUGACAUAAAAAUACCACAAAAGUGACUCGAAAACGCUGCUCGUGAUUCUUGAUGUUAGCUAAAUGGUCUGUCUUACAUCAUAUGUGUGAGAGCUGGCAACCCUGCCUAAACUGUAACACAAAGAAUUAUUUCAGCAUAUAAAGGGUUCUUCAGGACAAUAUGGUUCUAAAUAGAACUGUUACUACAUGUAAAGAUCCUUUAAAGAACCAUCUUGCGCACUGGGCUCCUUGACAUGGAUUUCAGUUGAUGCAAACUCUGAAUCAACAUGCACGACUGGCAAAUUUUCGAGGCGUCAUGUGAUUUAUCUACAAUUUAUGGGCGAAAGUAUCAAAAGAGAUAUUAAUAUUAUUUCUUUGAGAAUAGAGCUAAAUCUAAAUGAGAUGUUACCUCCUUGUCUGAUGAUAGCAUAGGCUUGGACAAGUCAUGGAGAUAGAUAACAACUUAAGUCAUAAUUUCCAGAGAGAAAAUGUAAUUUUCGAGUUCUAAAAUAUUAGUUAUAAACAAAAACCAAAAGUGAAAAUUAAUUUGUCUAAUGUGAGGGAACCUUUUAGGUGACUUUUGUAAAUGGCAGAUGUCAUGAUUUCAAAUAAAUAUUCUUUUGGUGCAAGUUGGUGAAACUGAUUUCAUGGUCACUUCCUGAUGAAACUGAAUAUCUUCACUGAGAAGAAAUCACAUGUUCAUAUUGCUCGAGUGAGCUCCAGAUGAGACAUCAACAGAAGGCACAAAUUGAUGAAUGUUCAUCAGGAUGUGGGUUUUCAUUGCGUUUUUCAUCAGUCUUAAAGCCUCUCCUCUUCCCUGCAUUGACUACGUUACAGUACGACUGACCAUAAAUGGAUAUAGCAGCAGUAAAUCUGGAUUUGGCUGGCCAUGACCUAGUCUCAGCCUCAGACAUCACGCCCACGGACCAUUGGCUGAACAUCUGAUGCAUAUGGCACACUUCGAGUUUCAAAAUCAUCAUCUGAUUGGUUGAAUUCUAUAGGAUGUCCGGGAGACGCACGUGUCACGUUCUUUAACAGUCCACCUGGAAACAAAUACUGCAACGCUAAACCCCCUUGUGGAAGAAGAAUGUUGUUGUGUUUACAAGCGCUUACCAUGACCUGACUGACUAACUCAUGAAGAUCCUGACCUAGAGAGGCCACAGCUUAACCAUCGCAGUUCCAGUGAGAGAAAGUCUCCAGUCUAGUCUCGUCAUGGCUGCCAUUCCAGAGGAAAUUAAUGAUUUCAAACACAAUUCAUUAACAUAUAACCUAUAUUUAAUGGCCUAUUUAUGUAUGUAGUUUCAGACUUCGUGAAUGGUAAUCAGGAUGAGGUAAAGACAGUGAAGGAGGGAGAAGUUCUGACUCUACAUACAGGAGCUCAGCUGAAGAGAGACUCUGAGACAACGUGGCUUUUUAAAAGUGGCACCCAAACCAGCCGUAUAGCACAGAUAAAUAAUGGAAAGGUUUUUACCAGUUUUGAAGAGAGACUUGCUGGCAGAUUGCAUCUAGAUCAAGAGAGUGGAUCACUGACCAUUCGGAAUAUCAGUACCAGUGAUUCUGGACUUUAUGAAGUAUCUUUCACCAUCACGUUACACAUCUCUGAGAAGAAGUUCAAAGUUAAUGUAUAUGCACCUGUCUCUGUACCUGCUAUUGAGUGCAACUCAUUGGUUACUGCACACCAAUCUUCAGGUACUUUGAAUCAGUCACAAGCAGUAGAAGAUUUCUGCUCUGUGUUCUGCUCUGUGAGAAAUGAUCGAGACGUGUCCAUCUCCUGGUAUAAAGGGGGUGAAAUGGUGAAUCAGACCAGCAAUCCUGAUCUCAGCAUCAAACUCAGUUUACCAUUAGAGCUUCAUUAUAAUGAUUCAGAGAUCUACAGCUGCACGGCUGCAAAUCCAGUGAGUAACAAGAGCGUCAGUCUUCACAUGAACGAGAUCUGCCCACGACAUGAAGAUUGUCUGGAUCAUUGUGGCGUCACUGAAGCUCUGAUUCGACUGGUUUUGUCUGGUCUGGUGGGAAUCGCCACUGUUUUCUUUCUGGUUGAACAUGUGAGGAUCUCCUCAUCUCAGAGAAGAGCUGCUGCUGCUGUAUGAUGAUGAUGAUACUUUCAUGAGAGUUUGCAGGCUGUGAACUUUGAUAUUGAAGGAGGUUUGGAGGGUAAAGAGUUUAAAGUGUAAAGCACCUCAUUUAUUACUUGAGGUAAUUUAAAGGUUCCCUAGAACUUUUUUUAAAAAGAUGUAAUAUAAGUCUAAGGUGUCCCCUGAAUGUGUCUGUGAAGUUUCAGCACAAAAUACCCCAUAGAUUUUUU